AUGGUACAGCCAGCAUCUUGCAGCACAAUGGUUGCAAGGUGGUGGUGAGCUGGGGGAAGAGUGAUUCAGCAUCAGCAAAUCCUCGGUUUCGUCCACUUCUGCUUCUUCUUCCGCUUUUCCUUUCCUCAUCGCCUUUUUUUUUCUGUCUUGUCUUGUCCCUUCUCCUCCUUCGCCAUCUUUGUAUUUCUAAAUGAAGCGUUGGGCUACGGUCAGCGCAAUGUUUGGCGUCGGGAUGUUUUGAAAAAGGACUGUCACAGGACUGGGAUCGUCAUCAGCUGGCACGGAAUGGUAUUUAUGAGCAGACAUUUCUUAUAUAACUGCAGCCAACCAAUCCUGGAUGUGAAGAUAGCCUUUUGUCAGGUGUGUGUUCCUUACAGGUAAAAAAGGGUUUUGGAAAACAAGUGGAUGUGUCAUAUAUUGCCAAACAUUACAACAUGAGCAAAAGCAAAGUGGACAACCAGUUUUACAGCGUGGAAGUAGGAGACUCUACCUUCACAGUUUUAAAACGUUAUCAGAAUUUAAAGCCCAUUGGCUCCGGAGCUCAGGGAAUAGUCUGUGCGGGCUAUGAUGCUGUCCUGGACAGAAAUGUAGCCAUCAAGAAGCUGAGCAGACCCUUCCAGAACCAGACCCACGCCAAGAGGGCUUAUCGGGAGUUGGUGCUCAUGAAAUGUGUCAAUCACAAAAAUAUUAUCAGUUUAUUAAAUGUCUUCACACCACAGAAAUCAUUAGAGGAAUUCCAGGAUGUAUACCUAGUGAUGGAGCUGAUGGAUGCCAACUUGUGCCAGGUGAUUCAGAUGGAGCUUGAUCAUGAGAGAAUGUCCUACCUGCUCUACCAGAUGCUGUGUGGUAUCAAACAUCUGCACUCAGCUGGCAUUAUUCACAGGGACCUCAAACCAAGCAAUAUAGUGGUGAAGUCAGACUGCACUCUGAAGAUCCUGGACUUUGGUUUGGCCAGGACCGCAGGCACGAGCUUCAUGAUGACCCCUUAUGUGGUGACUAGAUACUACAGAGCCCCGGAGGUGAUCCUGGGAAUGGGAUACAAAGAGAACGUGGAUAUAUGGUCGGUGGGGUGCAUUAUGGGAGAAAUGGUGCGCCACAAAAUCCUCUUCCCUGGCCGGGACUACAUCGACCAGUGGAACAAGGUCAUAGAGCAGCUGGGAACGCCUUCACCGGAAUUCAUGAAGAAGCUGCAGCCCACAGUGAGGAAUUAUGUGGAGAACCGGCCAAAGUACGCCGGCCUCACCUUUCCCAAGCUGUUCCCUGACUGCCUUUUCCCUGCUGACUCUGAGCACAACAAACUCAAAGCGAGCCAGGCCAGAGACCUGCUGUCUAAGAUGCUCAUCAUCGACCCGGCUAAACGGAUAUCGGUGGACGAGGCCUUACAGCACCCCUACAUCAACGUGUGGUACGAUCCGGCUGAGGUGGAGGCGGCCAGAGAUCUCAUCCAAAUAUCCAUGCCUCCACCUCAGAUCUACGACAAGCAGCUGGAUGAAAGAGAACACUCCAUUGAUGAAUGGAAAGAACUCAUCUACAAAGAGGUGAUGAACUUUGAGGAGAGAACGAAGAAUGGCGUAGUGAAGGGACAGCCUUCACCUUCAGGUGCAGCCGUGAACAGCAGCGAGAGCCUCCCUCCCUCCUCCUCCAUCAACGACAUCUCCUCCAUGUCCACCGACCAGACCCUGGCCUCAGACACUGACAGCAGCCUGGAGACCUCUGCAGGACCCCUGGGGUGUUGCAGGUGACUAGCCGCCUGCCUGCGCAACCCCAUGUUCUUCCGAAGGUGAAGAACCCCGAAAGAAACGACCCACUGAAAAUACACACACACACAAAAAGAGAAAAUGAUCAAAAUUAAUAUAUAUGAAGAACAAAAGAUGAGUUAUGGAAACAGAGAAUCUGAAAUGAGGAAAUCUCAAAGCCUGUGCAUUGUCAUUCAAAAACAGCAUUUAAACUGAACUAAAUGAGCUGAGACAUAUGUUAAUGAUCCUCUAGUUGCUUUGCUUAUAUACCCCACAUAUCUUGUAUAUGGCAUCCGAACAAAAAAGACCAAAUGCUUAGACUUGCAUCUCCUGUAAAGUGCAUAUUGGCUGGCUGCUGGUCUCCUUACAAAAGCAUUAUGCUCCAAUCAUUGUGGCAAGGUGGGCGGACAUUUUUCUCAUUUGAACUGUACAAUAAAAACUCCAUCCCCUUUCCUUAUGUAACAACACUGUUGUAUUUUGAUCUCUAAGCUUGGUCUUAGAUGCCCUUAUCCUCAUCCAACACAAUCCCCAUGUAAGGUUGCCUGAUUUGUGUUCUUAUGUGGUUAUUCUGCAGGGAUACAAUGUUGCUCUCACCCUGAGCGGCGCUCCCUGCUCUAUUUGUAAAUAAUGUAAUUCUGUACAGCUGAAGGGCACAUAGAGUGGGACUGACGGCCAGUACACUGGGAGUUUUUUUUCUGACUUGCGCACCUUGCCACAUCACCGCUUUCCACCUCAGUUGCCCCUGCCUAAUGCUGUAGUCCUGCAUGAUUAGAUUUAAAACGAUGCUAAUCUCACUGUAUGCUAAGAUGAGUCUGUAUAGAGACUUUUGUUUAUAUACGAUGUGAACUAACUCAAAUCCAGAAAUCAGGGGUCUGGUCACAUGAUAGUAUGUGUGAGCGUGUGAGUAUGAGUGUGAGUAUGUUAACCACAGGCAAGUCAUCAAGAUGUGUGUAAAUGUCAGGGCUGAGUUUGGGACUUUAAGGGUCAGUACACUCAGUAGAGUGAAUUAUUUUGCGUGUGCUCAGACUUCUUAUGAGGAGUUUUAAAAGUCUGAUUUGUGUGUAAUGUCCCUUUUAUUUCCUCUGGUAGAGUAUGAUCAGUGUUUUCCACAGGCUGGCCCGCAGCCCUUCAUGCCAUUCACCAUAUUGACACAGAGGCCGUUAUUACUGAUGUGACGCUAACAUUGGGGAGCUUUAAUGCUGUGAUAAUGUUACUGCUGUAAUCCAGGUAGUAAGGAAAAAAUGUAGUUAAUUAGACUUAUUAGACAUUUAACUACUUUCACAUUAACUGUAAGGUGUCUUUAGAGUUUUGUUUUGAGUUAAAAAUUGGGGAUUAUUUGGACAAGGGUAAACUUGAUUACCCUGCUCAAUAACAAUUAACAUAAGCAUUCUAAUACUAACUGGCUUCAUAAAACUGUUGGACAGUAAUGUUAGCUUGGAAUCAGUUUAAUGCUAAAUUAAGCUCUAGUGUACGGUAGCUAAUGGGUCAAAUAAUUUGCUUAAAAUAUGGUCCAGUGUCAAGAAACAAAGCUAGAAUCUGCUGGUAGCUAGGUCAUAUCAUGUAAGUUACAGUCCCUAAAUAGCUGGUGUUAGCGUAAAGUAUUGGCCAGUGUUGAGGGACAGUAUGAAAGCCUAAAGUUAGCGACAAAUGUAUGACUUUUCUAUCAAGUCAAGUCACUGCUAAUAUGAGUUAGGAGCUGGUAUAUUGCUAAAAUUAGCUGUAGAUUACACUAGCUAAUGGGUUAAAUAGUUUGUGUAAGUUGAAAAUAUGGCCCAGACAAUGUUGAAAUAGAUAGCAACAAAUAAGCAAUAAAAAUCAUAUUGGAUCAAUGACACUUAGCAGAAGGUUAAAUAAGCUAAUGCUAAUGGGUAAACUAUUUUGUUUUGGUUGAAAAUCUAGCCAAAUGUUUACCAAAAACAAUCUACCAUUAGCUAUCAAUUUGUGACUUACCUAUUAUGCAGGCUUCUUAUGAUAGCUAACUGUUUAAUUGCUGAAGUUAGCCGUAGCUUACUCGAGCUAAAGGGGUUGGAAAUCUUGUGUUGGUUGAAAGUUUGGCACAGCCUCCACAGACGAUGUUUAAAUCUACAGUUCGCAACAAAUUUCUGACACUUUCUAUCAUGUCAAAUUGAAUGCUAUGCUAGGAACUAAUUAAAUACUAGUUAGCUGUAGGAUACACUAGCUAAUGGGCUAAAUAUUUUGAGCUUGUUUUAAGUAAAUAGGAGUAUGCUACAGCUUUGUUUAGCUUUAAUGCUAAUCCUUACCACGAUUGGCUACUUUGAGGACACAGUAGUUUCUGAAAUGUUUUGUCAAAGCUUGAAAAAUGAAAUAAUACUCAGUGACACUGAUAAAUUUAACUGUUAGCUAGGAGUUGACACCUUGUCUGUAUUAUUGUUACUCUGUGACGCCAUUAUAGCUAGGAAGUAGUUGAAUGCUGAUGUUAACUAUCGCUUUAUUAUGGGUUGUAAAACAGGAAGUUCAAGCUUUAUUCUUAGAAUGACAUUAUGUAACCCCCCUUUUUUAACAGUCACUACUAUUUACUUUUAUAUGACGGACUACAUGGAAUACAACAGUAAUGCACAUUUGAGCUCACCACUUAGAGUGAAAUCAGCAAAAGGCCGUGGUGUAAAUGUGGUGAAUCGUAACAUGAACCCCUCAUAGGCAUGGGGGCUGGUCUGAUUCACUGUGGGUUUACUAUUAAGAGAACAUUAUUAUUGAUUUAACUGAGACAUAGGAGGCUUAUUGAAGGGAAUACAGCCGGUAGUUUACAGGCUGGUGUUGAGUGUUAACGUGGUAGCCAUACAACAUUUCAUUCUGUAAUAUUAUGAUCGCACUACACACUACAGAAGCUAACAUCCUUCUUUUGUUGGAACUAGAUAUUUCCACUAAAUUAUUUCUUAGCUGGAAGAUUUAUUUAUUGACUUAUUUAUUUUGACAGGUGGAACCUGAAUAUGGCAAGUGCCUUUUGGAAUGAAGCAUUGCAAGUGCAGAAAUUAUAUUUUUUUUCCCUCUGCUUCUUCUUUUUCUGCCUUAAAACUAUCUGAAUCCCCAGUCCACUGCUGUUGGUAGAACAAUAAUGACAAGUUUGAACUCAUGUUGCAGUUUAAUUUUACAUUUUAGCAAGAGGUAGAGAAAUUUUGAGGUGUAAGUCAAACUCCUCAGACUGAAUGGCCUAAUUACAGUAUGCUUGUGGUCUUAAUGCGACAUUAUAUGAAAGGUUUCCUCAUUUUCAUAAAGUUUUGAUUUAAUGCCACCACUUUUAGGACUCUACUCAAACCCCAUUUGAACGUACUACCAGAGAUUCACGAGCUGGGGCACUAGCACACACUCAUACUCUUACAUGCGUCGUUUUCGUUGAACUUUGCAAGGGCCUUUAAGAUGUAAAGAUAUAUAGGACCUGCAUACAGCGAGUAUCAGAUAAUCAUCCCUGAGAGGGGUUUUUCACAUUGGUUGACCGAUUUCCUGGGCUUGAAGGUGAUAAAUAUCACAAAUGGACUUAGUUGUAGACUCCCAUCUGGAGAUCUUCCUAAUGAAAUGGCGUGGCAUCAUCUGCAAACAAACUGUAACAAAAACCAUGCCAUAUGAUCUUCAUUUCUAGUCAAAUUCUAGGAUUUUUUUCAUUAUUUUUAUAACAGUUUUAGGUGGAAUUCAAAUUUCCUUUUAAUGCUUCAGAUCAAAUACAAUUCUAGUAGAAACAAUCUGUUAACUCCUUAUGUGUAUGACGUUAUUUACACACGAAUGAGAAAAAUAAUUUCACCACUACAUUACAUGCAGAUUUAGUUGGUUUCUAGGCAAUAAAUUCUUAAAGCUGGUAUGAAAAACUUUCUCUUUAUGUUGAUUUUGCCACCUGUGGACAAAGUGAUAUCUUCUAUCUCUUUGUUGCUGUGUAAGGCUGGCUACACACUUGACAGUUUUAAGCUGACUUUAAGCCUCAAAUCAGAAAUAUCACAAGUUUCAGAUUUAUGAUUCCAGGUCAGCUUGCCUCUGAACCGCAACAACCAAUGAGAGCAAGCAUACUAGGUGGUGCCACCUACUGGAUGUUACAAUCUCCUCUGUGAAAUUGUUUCCUUAAACAGCAAGUUUUUUUUUUUUUUUUUUUAAGAUCUAUUUUUGGGCUUUUCGUGCCUUCACUGGAUAGAGGAGGACAGUGAAUAGAAUUGAAAAUGGGAGAGAGAGAGGGGAGAGCCCAUGUACAUGGACUGCUAGGCCAUCUGCGCACCCUAAAAACAGCAAGUUUUUAAAAUCAGUUAAGAUAUGAAACUGUCUACUGUGUAGCCAGCCUAAGUGGUGCUCUUAAACAAAGAUAUCACUCUGCCGUCUUUAACAGUCAGGUGCAGGCUGAUGAAGGCUGUUACGGCAGUGUGUAGAUAAUCUCCUUGCAGAACUCCUUUUCCGCCACGCUGGAUUCAGGGAGAGCUUUAACAAAUUAAAUUCUAAUUCUACAAGCAAAUAAAUUUCUGAUGGAACAAUUCCGAUGAUAGAUGAAAGAUUUUCCAGGAUUUGUGCUUUGUGUUGCUGCAAACAGAGCCAACAGAUUUUAUGGGAUGAAAAGGGGGACACUUGACUUUGUUAACAAAGUAAAACACAACAUAAAAAUGUAAAUAUUACCAAAUCCCCAUGUUUUCCUCUUAUGGAAAUUGCAUGACCACUGGUUAAGAUUUUAAAUGAAACCCUGCACACUAAGACCUUAUUGGAUCCACAAUAGUCUCUUUUAUAUGUAAACUGUGAAAAGAAACUAAAUAUAUUUCUGUAUUUUGAGAAAAAUAACAAAAUUGUCUCACAUUUAGGCCAUCUUUCUCGUGCAAUGCACUCUGGGUAGUGACAUCAAAUGGUUGUUGUUCGUCUUCCUACAUCUUUCCCAUUCUAUUCACCUCGAUCUACAUCAGCUACUUCUCCUUUAUUGGCCAUCUUUCCUUUAUUUAUACCGUGUGUCCCAUUUGAGGUCUUAAGGGGCAGUUGCCAUCAUUGGGCAAUUGGCAGGGUACACCCUGGACCCCGGACUUGUUGCCAGCCCAUCACAGGGCUGACAAACAACCUGCAACACUAACACCUAUGGGCAAUGUAGAGUUACAAGUUGACUUAACUAGCAUGUUUUUGGACUGUGAAAGAAGCAGGAGUACCCCACACAUGCACAAAUAGAACAUAAAAACUCUACACAGAAAGGCCCUGUAUGACCGGGGCUCAAACCAGGAGCCUUCUGACUGUGAGGCGACAACGCUAACGAUGGUACUAUAGUUCAGCUCCUUCCUUAUUCUUAUGAGCAGUGCACCAUCACUUCCUGCUCUCCAAAGUGACCACGACCCCAUCCGGUUGAAAAUGAACCUCAUGUCUGAACACGAUGAAACACUUUAGCAUUGUGUUUUGUGCAAAAAUUAAUUAAAAAGCCAUAAUUUACAACAUGUUUUUAUCCCAAUUGACAAAAGAGUGUAAAAAAAAAAAGAUCUCUGUGGCUUUGGGCCAAAACUAGAGAAGAUUAUAGUGGUCAGACACUGGACUGGUGUCAUGUUCCUACUUAAAGCCAGUGAUCUGUCUUUGACACUAAUUCAACUUAUUAAUGACUUUUUAAAAGUUCAGAAUCAACUCAAAAACGAAGGAUGUUCCCAGGCGGCUACUUCCCUAUUUGGCUAAACAUUUAAAUUGCAUUAAACUGGCUAGUAUAAAUUGAAGAAAGCACUCAGAAAACAGUCAAAUCCAUUACAGGGUCAUUGUGCCAUGGGGCAGGUGUGCCGAGUAGAAUGUGGCGAAAGUUAGCAGCUACGUCCAUCAGCCUCUGUUUGUCGUUGCGGAUUAAUAUUGACUUUAUGUGGUUACUCAUCACCUUGGUUGACAAGUAGUACAGGUCUAUAACCCUCAACAGCUAACACACAACUUAAAUUCCAUUUUCUAGAUAAAAAUACUAACCAUUUGACAUCAUUACUCAGAGUGAAUUUCACAACAAUGGCAGCCUACAUGUUGUUUUUUUUCUCAAAUGCACAAGUUUUGUGUUUCUUUACACCUAAAAAGAGAUAGUCUCAAAAAGUACAUGUCUUAAUUAGCAGCGUUCCUCUAACGUUUCGUCAUGAAUUGUUUAAUAAAUGGGGAUGUCUUUAGGGGACUGUUUUGAAGCAUAUUUCCAAUAUUUGUCUGUUAGCAUGUAAUUUAAUGGUCCAACUUUCUCUCUGGUUUUUCUCCCACUGGUUAAUAACCCCCUUCACUGUACAUACAAUGUCUCAAAACCCUCCCUAGAGUCGAGUAUGUAACUCCAGAAAGCUACUUUGUUAACACUCAGCCUGUGCACUAUAAACCACACUCAGACUCACAGUGACCUUCAUAGAGCUCAGAGGGCACCUAACGGCGGCGGUGGCGUCUCCAUAAUAAGCUAUGGCUAGCUUGGCUUUCUGUCCAGGGUCUGGUCGGGGAAAUCUAUAAAAAAACAGGGUGCAACUUUGAAGAAUAACUUUUACUGUUUCUGAGAUGUACAGAUGACUUUAUCACAGCAGGGGACUCGUUCGCUCCUGCACCACUAAUACUCACAGUACUGUUGCAGAUAAUCUACAGGGGCAUUUUUAACCAUCCAUACUUCAAUAUUCUAACGUUUCACACAGAGAACAACCACUCAAUCAUGUUCUUUUCCUUUCUUUGAAUGUGAAUCUUUUUAUAAGACGUCCCUCCAGACAAUUCUGUUGUAUUAAAAAGGUGCUUUUAGUCCUGCGCCUGAAGUCGACCGGAUUUAAACACAAAAACAGGCGGGUUGUCUGCACUGAAUGUAGAAUUGUUUUUCACUCACGUCAUUGCUGCUCUGCUCGGUCAUCAGUGUGUGUGUGAUAUCAAACGAACCAGCAACAAACGCUGCGAAGGUUGUCUGAUUUGUCCUUCAAAAUAAAGUCAUAAGAUGUGGGAUUAUUUAAGGAAUGUUAAUGGAGAGUUGUUAAAUGUGUUUGGGUGUAUUUCAUGUGUGUAUUCAUGUUCAGUCACAUAGAGUUAGAAAUGUGUCAAUCCUGAUUGAGUUUUUAUCAAAGUACGGGACUGAAAAUGUUUGCUGAUGAAUCAGGAUUGUUUAGCCGUUUAUUUAAAAAUGGCCGACUUGUCAUACAGCCAUGGUAUUAGGACACAUCUCAGCUGUGCCAACAUAAAAUCUUUGGACCCAGUACUUGUGAUCUCCAGCCUUUUUUUUGUUUCCCACUUUAUUUUUCUUUGUGUCAUAUUGUAAAUAACAACAACCCAACAAUGCAAUAAACACUAUUGCACUCAGACAGGGAGGCAAGCUACUGCAAAGGUCAGGUGAUGCUAAAAUGUUAGGUGGACUACAAAGGUGAAAAACCCUGUAUAGCUCAUCUGAAUCAGGUGAUGUUGAUUUUCUUCUCUUGUUUUUUCUUUUACUCCGUGCUGUUUUAACGAAUCAUUCUUUUUGACAUUGUCAGGUUGAAAAAUAAAGACAAAAAAAUAAAGGAAAUUGUAUCUGUUUCACGCUGAUCUCAAAGCUUCAGGCUCUAGCGUUUCAAAUUAAGUCGAAACAAACGCAAAAGAUAAAGAAAAAAUUACUGAAAGCUGUUACUGUAAACACGACAUUUUAA